AUGGACGAAUUAAUUAAAUCAGAGUCAAAACCAGUUUGUGCACUGUCUGUGUACAGCUUUAUUCCUCCAAGACGAACUGAACCGAAAGAGAUCAGGUUUUUCAACUCGUGUUCUCAGGCACCAGACCGGUCUGUGUAUGACUGUAUAUACCGGAGAGCUGAGGGAUAUGAUAUGAAGCUACACCGUGAUGACCGAGAACACGACAAGGGCAGAGGGCUGGAGAUCUACCAGGAGGAAUGCAUCAGACCUGUACCCGUGCGCUCCUCAUCCGAAUACGGCCGUUGGCUGCCACUGCUGUCGAACCAGUCGAACCGCAAGUUUGCCCGUGUGUCUCACGUACACAGAGAGUUUUACAGGAGAAAUGGCAUUAGCAAAUCCGUGGAAGAGGGUUACGGCUCUGUCGUUCCAGUCUGAGCAAAAAACCCCAAACAGCAGAUCUUAUUAGCAGGGCUGACUGUUUUUAUUGUGAUGAUUGAUCAUUGCAACUGAUAUAGAUAUUGCUCUUAAGUUAUCAUGCUCAUGAUUGUCAAGCUUUUUUUUUUCUUUAAUUUACAAAAGCUUACAUGUAUAAAUGGACGCAGAAAUGUUUAUAUAGAAACUCUUUAAUGGAUAAGAAAAUGGCGGCGACAAAACAUGAACACAAAUUUUUCUCAGGCACGCAUCAGUUCUGCUCUCAAGUGCGACACGCGCACACAGCUUUGCCUGUUCACACACGAAGUCCAUACGAUCCAUGGUGAGAAAGAAAUGAAGCUUUGUUUACUGUAGUUAUUACUGGUUGAGAUGAGGUUUGCUGUACAAACGUCCCUUUUUGUGGUGUGUGUGCGAGAGAGAGAGAAAUAUAAAGAAAGAGCGAGAUGAAAUGGUCAAGGCAUUACAGUCCCCUGUGAUAAGGAUCUGCUCAUUUCAGUGUGUACAAAGAAAGUCUUCAGGUCGCCUUUCCCCUUCACGUUGAUGAUCCCUCGACACGAGCACAUGUAGCCCAGAGUCUGAAGGAUCCGACUCGUUUCCUCCGUCACCUGGAUUUUAGCAAUAACAAAAUAAACAGAUUAAAAAAAAAAAGCUUGACACAUUGUAUAAAUGAUGCUUUUAUACUAGACUGGACAUCAUGAGACUUUUAUACAUGACAUGAUUUGCUUACAGUAUCAAAGAAAUGUUGAUUCAGGACAAUUUUUUUUUUUUUUGCUUAUGGCUGCUUUCUUUUCAGAGUGGAAAAAAAAAUAAAUGACAAAACAAACAACUGAGAAGGCUAGCAUAAAACUACUGGAAGAAACAAAUAUAUAUAUCAGCUGUUGCCAUGACAAUAUACAGUACUGUGCAAAAGUCUCAGGCACCCUGGGUUUGUUUUUGUUUCUUUUCCUUCAUACAAACUUUGUUAUAGAUUUCUAUUUUAUGACUUCUACAUUAUCGAGUCGGUAGAAAAACAUUUUAGAGUUCCAAACGUUCGUUUCAUUUUCCAGCACAAAAUUAAAUAUUACAGUUUAAAAAACAAACAAACA